AUGGCGCUUUUAUCCAAGAACAAGCUUAAAUUUGUUGAUGGCACAAUCACAGUUUCGAUCAAAACGGAUCCUCUUUAUCCAGCUUGGGAAAAGUGCAAGACUAUGGUGAUUUCUUGGCUGCUUCACUCUAUCUCGCCUUCGAUCAUGAAUAGUAUUCUCUGGCUCAACUUUGCUUAUGAGAUUUGGCUCGAUCUCCGUGAACGUUUUUCUCAGAGAGAUAUUUUUCGCAUUUUUUAUCUCCAAGAGGAGAUCUCUGCUUUCAAGCAAGAUGAUCGCUCGGUCACUGAUUACUUUACUGAGUUGAAGAUUCUCUGGGAUGAGUUGUUGAAUUUUCGACCGAUUCUCGUCUGUCUUCAUGAUCGAUUUGCUGGUGUUCGCUCUCAAAUUAUGCUCAUUGAUCCAUUGCCUACGAUCAAUAAAGCCUUUUCUAUGGUCAUUCAACAGGAACGUCAUCUUACUAUUGGAUCUUCUCAAGUGUUUGUUAGUAACACAAUGCGCCAACAUUCUUCUUUCAAGAAAUCUCAGGCAAAAUCUUCUACUGAUUCACGGAAGUGCACUUUUUGUGGCAAAUCCAGGCACACUGUUGAUACAUGUUAUGCGAAGCAUGGUUAUCCACCUGGUUAUAAGUCUCGUGGUCGGACUUCUUAUGCACACACUGUGUUUGAUGAUGGUGCUGCACAAUCCUUGAACUCUUCACAGUCUGUUGCUACCUUGCCAUUUGAUCCUUGUGUUAAUUUGACACAAGAACAGUUACAACAGUUGCUCGCAUUGCUUCCAUCUUCAAACUCUACCUCACCACCUCAUGUUACCAACACUGUCUCUUCCUUACACCAAACGACUUCUACAUCUGCAGCUCAAACCUUCUCCAUUACUGUUCCUACUGUCUUGUCAGCCACCACCACAUCAUGUCACAUUUGGCACCAUCGUCUUGGUCACCUUUCUGAUUCAAGAUUGAAGUUACUUUCUUAUUAUAUUCCUUCUUUGUCCAUAGCAAAUAAUUCAGAUUGUAAAGCUUGUCAUUUGGCAAAACAAAAGAAACUUCCUUUUCCUCUAAGCAAUUCUGUUUCUAAUAAAAUCUUUGAUCUUGUUCACAUUGAUAUUUGGGGUCCGACUGAUGUUGUUUCUAUCACUGGUCAUCGUUAUUUUCUAACUAUUGUUAAUGAUUUCAGUCAUUUUACUUGGAUUAUUCUAUUGUAUAUGGUUUCUACUAGACCUGAUAUUGCUUUUGUCAUUCAACAAUUGAGUCAAUUCUUGGACCAACCUACAGUCACUCAUCUACAAGCUACUCAUCGUGUUCUUCGUUACUUGAAUGGCUGCCUUGCUUCUGGUCUCUUCUUUUCUGCUUCUUCGUCACCUGUACUAAAGGCUUUUAGUAAUUUUGACUGGGCUGGUUGCCCUGUGACAUGCUGA